GCAGAUCUGACGGGAUGCCAUGCUUCUCUCGUACUAUGAAAGUAGAUACGGGUGCAGGCUGGGCAAGCAAUAUAUACAUUGCUUGGUCGAGUACAAGCAUCAGCGCCUUGCCUGAUCGCAGUCUCUUCUUCCGCCUCUCAGCUUGGAAAUCGAAGGAUGCAUCCUGCCGCGUGAGAAUCGCGUCAUUGGACUUUAUGCUCCGCCUGAUCACAUCAAGGACACAAGUCUUGCGACCUCGAAGCUUCAUCCGUACAUACGCAAGAAUGGCAUCACCCCAGAGCAUCGUCGACGAUGCCAUUGCCUCGCACCACGUCGUUGUCUUCUCCAAGGCAUGGCUCAGUAGCUGGUGUCCCUUCUGCAAGCGUGCAAAAGGAACGCUGUCUUCUCUCGACGUCAAAGAAGAGCAGAAGCCGUACAUCAUUGAGCUCGACGAACACGACAAGGGCAGCGAGAUUCAAGACUACCUCGCCGAAAAGUCCGGUCAGCGCUCGGUACCCAACAUCUGGAUCGGACAGAAACACAUUGGCGGCUCUGAUGAUCUGGAGACGCUCAAAGAGCAGGACAAGUUGACCGCCAUGUUCUCGUAAUGCAUCUUG